AUGAACGAAAACCCACCAUCAUCGACGCCCAGUCCUGGGGCUCCGGGGUCGCAGUACGAUCAUUACACGUUGCAGUCGUUGCUCGAGUUGGCGAGGUACUGCGCUGGUAGAUAGGACAACACAACUAUAACGUGAUUUUGUUGGUCUUUUUGUUUCUCAACCUUAUAUAAUGUAUAUAAUCUGAAGACUUAUCUUUCCAUAGAUUCAAAUCGUGGGCUCGCGGCCACGUGCGCUUCUUAAUGAAUGAAAAUUGCAUGAGUCAGAGUCUCAUGCAUUUCAUUGAACUGUUGCCCGGAUUCAUAGUAUGUUCGUUAGAAUGUUGUUGAUUUUUUCCUGCAUCAACCAAAUAAGCUUACGUGGACUGACGGUAGAUGACACUUGGCCGAAGGCAGUGGUCGCGCGACUCCUCGAGGCUUGGGAUGUUGGCGAGGAUAGGGGUCGACGCCGUGCGCAACAACAGCAGGAGGAGAAUACUGGAGAUAUCGAGUGCACUAAGGCCGAGCAGACGUCGGUAACGCCUCCUCCUCUCGACAGCCGGAGGACAUUGAGUAAGUCACGGGGCCUUAGUGGUGAAAUGCGGCCCUCUCGCGCAUCACUUCUUCCUUCGGAACGCUGCUAUAUUGUGGAUGAACGCGGUCGGCGGCAGCUGCUAGAGAAACAGCCGGUUCCCAUACGUAGGGAUAGCCUCUCCGCAGGAGUGGCCUUGCAGGGACAGGAAGCAGAUCCCCUAGUUGUACUAAGGCAUCUUCGUGAUAUCGAAGGCUACAUGGGUGUCGACAUUGGAGGGACACUUGCAAAAUUGGUAUCACUUAUGAUUCAGUACAUGUAGUACCAAUAGGAGAAGAAGAGGAAGAAGACCAGUCAAUCAUGUCAUAAAGUUUCUUUUUUGGACCACUUUUAAGAUCAGCGCAUUUUUCUGCAUCGCAGGGUCGGUUUGGUUGAAACUUGCGUAAGUAUAUAUUUGCCUUGUUUUCAUCUGCUGAGUAAUAAAUAACUUGUCUGCUGCUCUGCAUUCAUGGCGAAGCUUUUCCGUGCUCCAUGCUUUUUUACUACUUUUCUCAGUUUCGUUUAAAUCACAAGGUCCUUCUCAUGCCCGCUGAAGCGGCAGAGCGAUUCACAUUUCCGAGUGGCGUCGGGCGGACGGGAAUCGUUCAUUAUCAACUGGAUGUCGAAGUUACGGCCGGGGAUCUAGAAGGCUUGCUUCCACUCGAGGGAGAUGAGCAUGAAGCGGAUUCACAGUUUUCUGAGGAUGUUGCCGAUGAAGCUUCUGACGCGAGCUCCUGCUUGACGACUCCUGCCGACGAAGACCUUUUACUUGCUCAGGAAGAAACUCAAGGUCAGACUCGACGAGAUAAUCCGUCGUAUGAAGUAAACGCACCAACAACAAAAACGCAUCAAGUAGACGAUGGAAACCGGUAUGCUCACCCGAUGAAGGGAGUAGACCUAAAACCUGCAGUGGGAGCACAUUUAGCAACGGCUGCUAGUGGCGCUUUAACGGCGAGUUAUACAGCGGAUAUGCGCGUGGCUAACCAUUUGUUUGCAGACGCGACACUCCAUCAGCAAGCUCCGAAGAGUCCUAGGGACGGACAUGACGCUCCAAAAAGCAGUGGCCGACAGCCGACGAGACAGAAGAAAUGUUUCGCGUCUCCCCACCUUGAGCAAGAAAACUCGUCGUCCGCCAGUAAAGAUCCCAAGCAUUCCUCGAUCCUUAAAGCCUGCGGUGAUGCUCAACACCCCUUUCCCGGAAAUCUAGUUCAUAAAAGCAUGCCAUUAUUUUCGGGGGCAAAUCCUCAAGUCGGUGGGUCGUCGGGAAGUCGUGUCUAUCAUCCUGACAAAUCGCUGCCUUUGGUAGAAGCUGCAGGCCCUUUCGGCGUUGGGGUGUCGGUGUCACGCAGCCAGCGAGACGCGUCAGUUGGACACAAGCAAAUAGGGUCAGCGGCGGGCACAGAGAGCGCGUCGCUCGAGGAGACUCAAUUAUCUGCCACGAGGCACGUCCAUAGUGCAGGCGCAAGGGGCGACUUUCUCUCUGCUUCAAGUGUCGUGCCUGCGGUUCUGUUGGAGAACCGCUUAGCUGCUGGCAGCGUCUACUUUCAUCGAAACUCGCGACUACCCCCAACAGCAGCUCGGCGCCGCAGUCACUUACUGCGACAGGGACUCCGGCGCGGGUCACGGGCACUAGAUUCCGCAGGUGACGAGCAUUACCCACCUCCUGGUGGGCAUUAUUACACUGGUGGCAGAAAGAUGGACCACCUUGCAGGUAGAACGGGGGGCCAUCAUGCAGAUCAUCACACGCUGCUGGACGAAACGGGUGCGGCCGUGUCACGUCGAGGCGGCAUGAGUCCCGUGAUCUCCAAACGAAGUGUGUCGCUGGACCCCGCCGUACACCAGCGGCCGCGCAGCGCCAGUACCUCACGAGAAGCACGUCUCACGAAAAGCAUAUCGUCGAAAAGCCUUCGGCAAAAGAGUCCGGAUAUUAUGAAGGAACCUUUACUAGUAGGGCAGAAAAGCCAGACGUGGCACAGUAGUCGCGCUUCUAGCUGCUCGCAACUGUCACCAGGGACGGUCGCUGGCGCUAUCAUCUCCACGGACCUCGACAGAGCACUUCAUCCCAGUGUCUCCCCUCCCAAGCAGCCACAUCAAGGAUCGCUCGAGCUACCUGCUCAAAAGACAAGUACUACGUCCUCACGUAGUUGUACAACAACAACUAGUUCAGCGCCAGGCAAGAGAAAUUUACAAAAGCAGCCACCCGGACGUGUUGCUGGGUUAUUGCUUCCUCGGGAGGAACGUGGCUUAUCGGGUUCAAAUGCGUCUGUAUCCGGCCAAGAAAGUGAUCAGCAGGAAGAUCAUGUGACCUCUGGGCUCUCCAGCCACGAAGGUUCGACCAGAAUUGCGGGUUUUAAUAUCGAAGCGAAGCGAAUCAGCCACCCACAGGCGAAAAAGUUCGCACUUUGGACGACGAGAAGUAACACUGUGGAGUGGCUAGCAUAUCCAUUUUCCUCGCGUAUUCCAUACCAUGACGACUCGCAGCAGCUUCGAGAAGGUCUUCAAUCCAUGUCGGAAUCCCUGGCAGAAGCGCCCCUUGACGAAAUGCGUAUUGCUUUAGAGGAAGGGAGGCAAGAAACUGCCGAGUCAGACCUAGAUGCACCGACGAAAUUGAACUCAUUACAGGACAGUCCUGGAGGACGCGCAGGAGUCGGGAUGAGUUCUUCCUCACCUCAUUCGUUCACUGAUGCUGGCACGUCGUUUCUAUCCUCAGAAGUAGAUUCUAGAAGCGAACAGUACGUGCUGAGAGCUGCCCUAUCGCCUCCUAGGGAGUACUCGGCGAAAGAUCAUGCACUACUAGAGCAACAAAAAGAUCAUGAGGGAGCAACUCAUCUAGUAGUGUCUCAAAGUCUCCAUGAGACUCCACUCGGUGUUGGCGACACUGCGUUUCUUCCACCAUCGAGAGGGUCCCAUAAGUCGUCGUAUUGCUCAGCUUCGUCUCAGGGACCUUUUCCCACGGUAGUUGGAUUUGCAGAACAGGGUGAUAUUGAUACAGCACUUGUUGGCAAGCCGUGCCUUGACCCCUCAAGAAUAGGCGCAGACGUAAGUGAGAAACUAGCAGCAGGAUCAUCGAGUGGGACAAGUGGGGUAGACGGGCCUGUCGCAGAGAUGAAAAGCACCCGGUACGUGAUGCGGUUUAUUUCUGGUUCCACCCAGGGCUUGGAGAGAGUCGUGUCAGCGUUGAAGACUCUCGCACCUUUUCAGCACGCAGAACCCCGCAAAGUGGCCGUUGCGGGUGGAGGUGCCCACAAGUACCGCGCUCUCUUCAAGGAGGCUCUAAACCUUGAAUUUGAGGCCUAUCGGGAGAUGCAGAGCAUCGUAGAGGGUCUCCGUUUUGUUCUCGAGCGGCCGCACAUUUUUCGUGACGAGAUUCUCUUAAUAGGCGAGAACGGCGAGGAGCGUCCCUUCGAUCCCGACGACGACCAGGACGAUUUAGUGGUCGAAGAGGUGGACGAGGUGGCUGAAUUACAAGAAGACGAGGAGGACGACGAAGAGGCUGUGACAGGGAGUCCCGUGCGAGAGCCAGCCUAUGAAGAUGUCAACGCGGAAAGUGGACUGGAAUACUCGGCUGUGCCUCGAGCGGAGCGUCAGGUCCAGGAGCGAGCCGGAAGCAUAUCCACUACUCCCCUAGCGGUACCUUAUGGCAAAAUUGACACGGCGGGGGGAGCGGCCACCUUUGCGUCUUCAGCGACAUCUUCAACCUCGACGAGUGAGAGUGAGAAGCAAGUUUGGUCUUCGGGUAUGCCUUUUAUUGAGGUCGAUUCCGCGACGACAUCAGCGAGCCUAGCGAGGACAGUGCCCCAUCUGUCUGGUGUAGAAAAGAAACUUAGUCAUCGUGACCUGCGAUUCGCCGGCUGUGUAGAAAACGACGACUUAUCUUUGUCCGAUCUAUCACAAGGACCUCCGACCGGAACAACAGCAAGCGACUUGAAUUCUGAGCAAGCACUAAGCACGACACCGGUGGGGACGAUAAAUCGCUUGGCAAGUCGUGCUGACCUCCUGGGUGGAGUUAGUACCGCAAAGAACAAUAAUGUUGUGACGGCGACGUCGCUACUCGUGCCUGAUUUUAUUCAAGUAGCUGGAAUAGAAGGUACCAACAAGAACAAAAAUAUGGAGUCAUCUUCACUAGCUGUGACAAAGCCGAGCCCGACAAGCUCAUCAUCAAGCAGGACUCCAUGCCCGCGGCGUAAGAAGACAGGACCGCAGAAGGCAAGUUCAACGGUUGAAAAAACGCAGGCUAUGAAAAAGACAUCAUCUUCCAACAGCCUCGUCAAUGUCACAAAAACCGAAGACAACAAUAUCAAAGUUGCACUGAACCCUGAGAGGACAGUCUCGUCGUCCUCUGCCGGAAGCGAGAAUAUUAUCGCAGACUCCACGUCCACCCAGGUUAAUAGACCGACGGGGGAAGCACAAUUCCAAGAUGGUGGCCAAAAACGCCCGAUGGAUCCAUCACGGAAGCGUUCUACAGAAUCGCUCAAAGCAGGCUCAUCGAACACGCACCCCUUCUGGGAGGAAGCGUUCUUGUUGGUGAAUCUGGGGAGUGGUGUGUCGAUUCUGCACGUGACGCCUGACUCCUUUGCGCGUGUCGGUGGUACCGGUUGCGGCGGAGGUACUUUCUUGGGUCUCACCCGACUGCUAUGCGGAACCACUGACUUUGCGGACGCUCUGGAGCUUGCCAUGCAGGGUAAUGCAGACAACGUGGACACGCUUGUGCAAGAUAUUUACGGCGCCGCAGGCUCAGCGAAUCUAGGCUUGCCGGGCAACUUGACGGCCAGUAACUUCGGCAAGGUAGGAACGCAGGAAUCAUUGCACUUUGCGACUGGUGAAUUCAGUACCUGUACGCCAGAAGGAGCUGGUCGAACGGAGCAAGGACUCGACGCUUCUAGAACACACCACAUCGACCAGCUGCAUGCUCCCGUGUCGUCAGGGGUGCAGCCAUCUGCAUUUGCCAAGAUGCCGGAGAGAAAAGACCUCGCGCGCGCAGUGCUGCAGAUGGUCACACAGCAGGUCGCCGUCUUAGCGUUGGCCUAUUCACAGUCUUUGUUGGUGCGGCAUAUUAUUUUCGUGGGUGGCUUCUUUGAGAAAAAUCACCUUGCGAAAGCUGCGGUCUCUAGAACCAUGAAUAACUUGAACAAACGAGCUUUUUUUGUUCGACACAGCGACUUUCUCGGAGCAAUAGGGAGUCUCGCAUAUUCCAUGAAACUCAUGGCUGCAGGCGGCGUAGUACCUCCGACGAGUACAACAGGAUCACCAGCCACUGCUUCAGCACACCCACCUGAAGAAAAUGCAAAAGCUACAGCCUCUGCAUCAGCUAGUUCAACUGGUGGCGCCAGUCCAGACACGGCCACCUACAAGAGCGAUGAAAAGCGAAACCCCUUGUGAGAUGCACAGCCCAGUGCAAACGUAACGGCUUCAUUACGAUCAGCUCCCACCCUUAUAAGUAAAAGUAUAUAGAAAGUACCCGCGUUGUUCCCGUCGCGUUGUUUUUCCUCCACAAGCAACAACAGAACUAAACCAAGUACUUUCUGUUCGAUAGGCGUUGCCAUGCUCAGAUCCAGCAUUCUUUAAUGUCGAACUCAAAAUUGUGCUUGUUCUUGACUUUUUGCUUGUCGUCGAUACAUAUGUUUUCACAGUAUCUUCCAUGUGCAUGUCAUUUUUUUACAAUUAAUCGUAACCUUCCAUACUCAGUGCCAGUCGUAGCAGCAGGGCAACAAGGGAAAUAUUGACCGUCGUGGGUCGCUUUCUUCUCAUUCGCUUUUGACGCCCGCAUAGUUUUUCAAAUUCGCCACACCUUAUCUUUGUCAAAGUUGUGCGUGGUUGUUCUCGAAGAUACUUUUACUUCUAUCGUACCGUCUGCUUUGUCUACGUACUUCAUGUUGCUCUGUGCGUGUUGUGAUUUCGUCGAUAUUCCAAACGUAGUGCUGUGGCGGAAGCGGUUCGCUGUGCGUUUUUUUCGCAGUGUUCAGUAAGCUUCGUGCAAUCUUCUCAAGGAUAUUUCCAUUUUUUUCCGCAAUAGAUCUAGAUCUUUGACAUUUUCCGCCAGUGUAACUAUGAUUAUACCCGCCAAUUUAGAUGUUUGAGUUAUUUGUGGAAUUAUUCUCUUCGCGCAGCAUCUACCCGAUUCCAAUUGUGGGAUGAAUGGAGUUUUUUUCCCUCACAACUUGCAUGGGUAUUUCUGGUGGUGAAAAACUCGAGUUAUUGAUGUCAAAGAGCAUCGAUCUUGAUUUUUCAAAUGUUCAUCCUCUUCACUUUUAGUUACAUGAAUUAAGGUUUUUGUCUUUCGGACAUUCCUCAUCCUGCCGCGUCAU